AUGGGAAGUCGGCGAAGAUCAUCGAUCUACCCGUUGAGCGACGUGGAUUUGGCCGCCGAGUCGCUCAGCUCAACCCAUUCAGCCCGGAGAGAUGAUCCAAUUCUGCCCACUUUUUCCCCAUUGGAUCUUUUCACAUGGGCCUCUUUUGAGGUGACGAUGAUCGUGUGUCAAUUUGCCGGAUUUGCACAUAUUUUCCUCGUUUCUCAUUUCUAUGGUCGGAUAGUUGGCGGAAUCAAAUACGAUGAAACGCCGAAUUAUCAUGGCUUAUUUAUGACCUAUGGGCUUGUGUUUUUUAAUGGAGAGGCUAUUUUGGCGUAUCGUUUUAUGAGAAAUGAGGCAAAAAUCCUAUCGAAACUCGUCCAUGCGACUUGUCACACUUUAGCGAUCUCUUUUUUCUCAGCAGCUCUCGCACAAAUUAUUCACCAAAAGACCCUAGGCGGUAAUCAACAUGUGUACACAUUUCACAGUUGGUUCGGAAUCGCCAUCAUGGCCGCCUAUAUCAUUCAGUUCCUGUUCGGUCUUUUCAACUACGGACUCCCUGGUGUUCCGAUCGAGGUUCGACAAGCUCUAAUGCCAUAUCAUCGCACUGUUGGUCUAGCUUUGUUUGGAUGUUCAGUAGCUCAGGUUUUGCUUGGUCACUUCAGUUUUCUCUAUUUGUAUCGACCGCCAUUAGUGAUGUCCUGUUAUGCUUUCCUCGAUUGUGACACCCAUUUCGAUUUAAUCUUCAAUUUUUCCCUUCUCACUCUCGUUGUUUAUGCUUUAUUGGUGAUGGUUUUGGUGACAAAAGACAGUUGGAAACGAGAGAAAACACCAGAAGAACUGGGUUUGAUCGAU